CCGCAUCUUCCCAGACCGGUGUGGGAACAACGGCCAGGUCCACAUCUUGUGUGGCGUGCUGAUGACAGCCGCGAGGCUUCCUUCCCCAAGCGGUCGCGGGCGGGCAGGAGGCAAAGUUUGUCGGAGAAUCGGGGUGACUUUGCUCGGGGACCCGCAUCUGCGCGAAUGCGCGGUGCCGCGGAGCGCGUCUCGCAGCAGCUCCGGGCUGGGGACCGGCUGUCCCUCGCUCCCGGACCCCUUUCAGGGGUGUGUUCUGGAAAAGUGGCGACAUGAGCUAGAGCUGGAGCAGCAGGAGGGAGCAGCUCGCACCCCUGCAGCCCAGGCGGGGAGGGCGCGGACCCCGUGGUGCUGCCCUGCGGCCGCGAUGAGGGAACAGCCCUCGUUUGCCUGGCGCUGAUACUCUGCUGUGGCGGUAGUGGAAUGCAAAAGCCAAGACUAAUGGAAACAGGGCCUAAAGACCCCCGCAGGAUGCCUGAGGCAAGUUCACCCAGGCGAACUCCGCAGAAUGUUCCCUACCAGGACCUGCCUCACCUGGUCAAUGCAGACGGACAGUACCUCUUUUGUAGGUACUGGAAGCCCAGUGGCACGCCCAAGGCCCUCAUCUUUGUGUCCCAUGGAGCUGGGGAACACUGUGGCCGUUAUGAUGAGCUGGCUCAGAUGUUGAAGGGGCUGGACAUGCUGGUAUUUGCCCAUGACCAUGUUGGCCAUGGACAGAGCGAGGGAGAGAGGAUGGUGGUAUCGGACUUCCAAGUUUUUGUCAGAGAUGUGCUGCAGCACGUAGACACCAUCCAGAAGGACUACCCAGAGGUCCCCGUCUUCCUCCUGGGCCACUCCAUGGGCGGUGCCAUCUCCAUCCUAGUGGCUGCAGAGAGACCAACCUACUUUUCUGGCAUGGUCCUGAUUUCGCCCCUGGUUCUUGCCAAUCCGGAAUCUGCGUCAACUUUGAAGGACAACUUGAACAUCCAGAAGACCUAUCUUGAGAAGGCGACGGAAGUGUCAAUGGCUUGGAUCCCAUAUGCUUUCUACCUGUGGGUCCUUGCUGCCAAACUGCUCAAUUUUGUCCUGCCAAACAUGUCCUUGGGGCGCAUCGACUCCAGCGUGCUGUCUCGGAACAAGGCAGAGGUUGACCUGUACAACUCCGACCCACUCAUCUGCCACGCAGGGGUGAAGGUAUGCUUUGGCAUACAGCUGCUGAACGCUGUCUCGAGGGUGGAGCGAGCAAUGCCCAGGCUGACACUGCCAUUCCUGCUGCUGCAGGGUUCUGCUGACCGGCUUUGCGACAGCAAAGGUGCCUACCUGCUCAUGGAAUCAUCCCGGAGUCAGGACAAAACACUCAAGAUGUAUGAAGGUGCCUAUCAUGUCCUCCACAAAGAGCUUCCGGAAGUGACCAACUCCGUCCUCCAUGAAAUAAAUACAUGGGUGUCUCACAGGAUAGCAGCGACAGGAGCUGGGUGUCCACCCUGAACAUUCUGGCCAGGCAACCAGCUCCUGGUCUGGGGGAGGCAGGCAGAGGAAGGGCAGUGCUGGCUGGCUGGCUCAAAAAAAAAAAAUCACAACUCGGAGAAAACUCUAGUACCCCCCUCAGUGCAAUUUACUUUGGAAAAAAAAGGGAUAAUUUGUCGUAUAGAUGGCUACUGGCCGCUGAUCCACUACCUUAAGGAGUAGGCACUUUAUGAAAGAGAGAAUAUUCUUUCCUCACAGAGACUGAGUGGAAAUAUCCUUUGAAUUAAAAAAAAAUGCAGCAUCUGCCCACCUCUCCCAGCUGCUAUGGGAUUCAGAGACUCUCUGGCAGUCCCAUAUCCCAGCCUGCAAUAAUCAGAGGUCUCUUUCCUCCUGUCCCAAGUCCUCUCUGACUGGCUAUCCUCUGGCAUGUGACAAGGUGGCCUGUAUCCCCAGAGCUAGCUCCUUAGCAGGCUCAUGUGUGCCUCUCCAAGGCACUUCCUCAAAAUGGGCAACUACCCUAUGACCUGGUCAGCGACUUUUCAGAUGGAAGCCAGGCUGGGGGAAGGGAAGGUGGCCCUGAAUAGCUCUUCUCUCCCACGCAACUUCCCCCUCCCACCCUGCUGGGAGUUUUGUUACCCACAGCAUGUUGUAUGUAUUCAGAGAGGCACCUUUUCUCAGGUCACUAAGUACUCCAUGCUGAGGAGGGUGGCAUUGAAGAUAAUUGUUUAAUAUAUAUGGUAUAUUCUAAAUUAAAGAUUAUAUGGGUGGGUGGGUAAAGCCUGGGCAGCUUUGGAAGGACUGGUACCCACACGCAGGGCCAGUCUGCCAAGGACCCAGCCUCCUAAUUGAGGACUGGCUGGCUCUCCUCGCAGAGAAGGCACAGGGUGGAGAACUGGGGCCCUGGGCAUUCCCUCUGUCCAGAGCCACUAGGAGUUGUUUGCCAGUAGCACAGCUACCUCUGGUGGCAGGAGAGACUCCCAUGGAGCCGUGGUGCUGGCUGCCUGCCAGGGGCAGCACAGAGCACUCAAUGACUACCCGCAGACAAGGACCACAGCUGUCUGCUCCCCAUUCCAGACUGCAGCAGGAUGGCCCAGCCAGGCCUCAUAGAGGCUUCCCUGAAGCAGUGAAAUCCAAGCCCCCUGUCCUCUCAGGUGCCCGCCUGAAGGCCUGCCUAUACCAGGCCUCACUUAGCGCCAGCAAUAACUGGGGCUCACUGCUCUCUUGGAGCACUUUCCUCCCUACAGAGGGCCUUGCUGUUACCUCAGGAGUCGUGUUAAUACACAUAGAACCCUGGGAAGGGGCUGGUGGGCCUCCAGGAAGGGGGAAUCCAGGUGUCCUUUCUGGAGUUUAUUCUAGGUCCUGGAGAGGGCCCUCUGCCCUGUCUGGUGGCCCUGACCAUGCAUAGCAGUCAGAGGCUGGCCACCUGCCAUAAGUCAUAAGGUCAUUGUGCCCCUCAGCAGGGCCCAAGCACGGCAUGCAGGGAAGGAAGCGCCCAGGCGCUGUCCAGAGACCCCUCUUAGCUCGCCUUCUGUUUAGAAAAUAAAGAUAGACAGAGUGUACGAGGAGGGGCAGCCAGCAUUCCCUCCUGCUCAGGGAACCCUGGACAGCAGCAGACAGGCAUGGGGUAUUUCUGCUCUCCAUUAAGUUAAAAACAAACAAACAAAGGAACCCGUUCCAGACUACUGUGCUCAGAUCUGUGACUCUUACCAGGAGCCACCCAAGGCUGCUCCCAAAAGCACAUGCUGACAUUGCCACUUUUCCAAACCAAAUGCCAGCACCCUGGCUGGCAGUUUUCAUGCAUGACAUCCUUUAGAGAUGCAUUUGUAUCUGGUUAAAGAAUCACUAACACUAAAAAAAAAAAACAAAAAAACAGAAAAACAAAAAAAAACAGGGGUGGGAUGAGCCGAAGUUGAGACUGUCUUGUGAAGCCUGCAAGAGUCAUGUCCCUGAAUGACAAAAUCAGGACCAGCACAGGGCUCUGUCUGUAGAGAGCUAGGACAGCCUUGUACAGACUCCAUCCUUGGCACUGGAGGAAGCCUGACAUGCAGGAUGUCACAGUCACCCCCAUCACCAGGAUGCAGAGGAGCUGGAGUGUGGAAAAAAAAUGCUAGGACACACAUGGCUUGGCCUGAAGAAGGUGGAAGCCAGCAAGAGACUGCAGAUGGUCCUCCCUGGGUGAAGGAGGGGAGCCAGAACCUGCAAGAAUAGAGAACCUUCUACAACAGCCAUGCACUUGGUGCCUGAAAAGCUUUUUAGGAAAAGGUGCCACCUGCAGGUAGUGGAGCAUCUCAACCAUGAAGCCCCAGUUCCUUAGAGAUAGGGGAACAGCCUCCCUCCACCACGGCCCCCUCAGCUUCUAGGUGUCCUGCAGACCACCAUGAGAGCAGCGGGGGUGCUCUGCUCACAUCCUGCCUCUGGGCCACCUCACACUUCCCUUUCUUUCUUGAUUGCUAAUGUAACUUUCUAAGGAUCACGGUGGCUCACUGGUUUGUCACUGUCACUGCGCCCAGUCACUCCCCAUGUAUACUCCUAGUGGGGAACCUGUAUCGGCUUAGAAUUACUAAAGAAGCCCAUGUGCACUACAGCUCACCAUAAUAAACCACGUGCUUUUGGAGAA